AUUCUCGAUGUGGAAUGGGCAAUGGCAGUCGAAUAACAUGGUGUCUAGAGUGGCCACUCUAGUGAGCUACUAAUGCGUUGUUAUAUUUCCAAGUAUACUCCGUGGUUUACCCCAUACUCCAAAACUUUUACUGUGAGCAUCCUUCAUUCGUCUGAGAGUGACCGAUUGUGCUGCAACAGCUCAAGAUGACUUCUAUUGACGCGAUUAUCAUCGGCGGCGGGCCGUCGGGGAUUGCUAUGGCGCACAAGUUGAAGCAGAAGCUGGGAUUCGACAACUUCACGAUGUAUGAGAAAUUGGAUGGACCUGGCGGCACAUGGAGGACCAAUGUUUAUCCAGGAUGUGGUUGUGAUAUUCCCACCCAUUUGUACUCCUUCAGUUUCAAUUUGAAUCCUCGGUGGUCGAAAGAGCUUUGCGACCGUGAGGAGAUUCUUGAAUAUAUGGAAUCAACGGUAGACAAGUUUCGCUUGCGGCCCCAUAUGGUUUUCAAUACAUCAUGCGAAGGUGCGACUUGGAAUGAGAAGGAAAACAAAUGGGAAGUUCAUCUUCUGGACGAGAGAACAAAGCGGAAGUACACGAAGAAGGCGACUAUCUUCAUCUCGGCUAUUGGUAGUAUAUCAGAACCCAGAAAGACGAAAUUUCCAGGCCAAGAUGAAUUCCAAGGGACCAUUUUUCAUACCGCACGAUGGAACACGAAGUAUGAUUAUAGGGGCAAGCGAAUGGCCGUUAUCGGUAACGGCUGCUCGGCCGCCCAGGUAGUGCCUAGCGUCGUCAAAGACGUGAAGCACGUUACUCAAUAUGCGCGAGGCCAACAGUGGUAUCAUGAACGACCGAAUCGCGAGUUCUCAGCCAUCGAGAAGUUCUGUUUUACCUAUGUCCCCCUCUGGCAGAGGUAUCAUCGGUACCAGAUUUUCAGCUCAAGUGAUGCCUUGAUGACAACGUACGGAGCUUCCGAAGCCUCUCAAAAGCAGCGUGAGGCCACGGAGCGCGCUGCGAGGGAGUACAUUUUGGCAACGGCACCAAAGAAGUACCACGAUAUUCUCAUCCCGAAAUUUCCACUAGGCUGCAAGAGGCGAAUUUUCGAUCCCGGCUAUCUCGAGGCCUUGCACACACACAACAUGACUCUUCGUGCUGAAGGUAUACAGAAGUUUGACGCAACUGGUGUUGUUAGCGAGUCUGGUGUGCAUGACGACUUCGAUGUGAUUGUCCUCGCCACAGGCUUCGAAGUCUCGAGCUUCCUCGGGCCAUUGAAAGUUGUUGGGAGAAGUGGUAUCGAUUUGCAUAAGCAAUGGGAUGCACACGUUGGUGCGCAAGCCUACAUGGGCAUGCACAUCCACAACUUCCCCAACUUCGCAUUGAUGUUUGGGCCAAACACCUUCCCGGCCCACAAUUCAGUCAUUUUUGCUUCGGAAGUUCAAGUUGAUUACCUUGCAAAGACACUAUUCGAACCCUUACUGGACAGAAGAGCGAGGACUGUGGAGGUUGAGAAGGCCGCUGAAGACUACUUCGUUGAAGGCAUUGAUCUCGAGCUUCAUGAUACAGUCUUCUCGGCUGGAUGCUCCAACUGGUACAUCAACAAAGCCGGUAGGAACUCCGCUUCGUGGCCUGGUUACGCGGCUACAUUCUGGCGACGGACUCUCUUCCCCAAGUGGAGUGACUUCAAACUCAAAGGAGGAGACAGCUUUUGGCGGUUGAGACGCGCCUGGAGAUCAAUUGUUGGGUUAUUGCAAUCGAAAUCUGCCAUCGUGUGUUAUGCCGUAGGCUUGGGGUUUCUGGCUAAGGAGCGGGACCUUGGGUUGUUGUUGCAAGAAGCCUGCGUACAACUGCGGAACUAAAUGCAAAGCACCUAAGGACCUGACAUGGCUUUUGGUGCAUCUAGGUAUGUAUUUGCUGGCGCAUCUUCACAUGGAGUACGUACCAUAACUUCGUGUUAGCAUAGUAAC